GCUCCUUUGUGACCAAACGAACUAAACCCUUAUCAGCUUCCUUUAAGUGCAUGUACGUGCGAUAAUGGCGGCUUCCUUUGUGACUCGGCUAAGCCUGGGCAUAAGCAUAAUAGCACUAACCCUAGCAGGCUACUCUAUUUACCAAAAUACCCAAACGGCCAUCAACAAGGCCACCAGUCCGACGUGGCUGGCCGACACUUUCGGGGAAGAGCCGGCGGCGGCGAGCAUUCUCUCGCUAGGUUCCGGCAAGGUUUCCGACGAGGCAUGCAUAUUCUCCGCCGUCAGAGAAGUGGUGGACGCCGCCGUCGAUGCGGAAGCUCGGAUGGGUGCCUCUCUCAUUCGCCUCUUCUUCCAUGACUGCUUUGUAGACGGCUGCGAUGCAGGUCUUCUUUUGAAGGAUACCCCGACUUUCAUCGGAGAACAGAGUGCCGGCGCCAACCAAAACUCCGUUAGAGGUUAUGAAGUUAUAGACAGGGCCAAACAGAACGCCAAAACUAAAUGUCCCGACACCCCCGUGUCGUGCGCUGACAUUGUCUCCAUUGCUGCUCGUGAUUCUUUCCACAAAUUCACCGGCAAAACAUACACGGUGACUCUAGGUAGAAAGGAUGCAAGAACGGCCAACCUCACCGGAGCUAACACCCAGCUUGUCGGUCCGGCGGAGGACUUGGCUUCACAGACCAGAAAAUUCGCCGCGAAGGGAUUUAACCAAACGGAGAUGGUGGCGUUAUUAGGUUCCCACACGAUCGGGUUCGUGAGAUGCCCGCUUUUAUGCGUCGCCGCCGUGAUCAAUCCGGCUCGUGCGGCGGCUGCCGCCGUGCAAUGCAACUGCCAAACGACCCCGAACGCCACGGGCCUGGUCGGCCUGGACCCCACUCCUGCGGCUUUCGACCAACGCUAUUAUGCCGACGUGGCUAACGGUCGCGGCCUCUUGUUUUCGGACAAUGAGCUGAUGAAGGGAAGCACGACCGGCGCCGCCGUCAGGCGGUACAGGGACGCCAUGGGCGCAUUUCUGGCCGAUUUCGCGGCGGCGAUGGUGAAGAUGAGCAACCUGCCGCCGUCCCGCGGCGUGCAGCUUGAGAUCCGGGAUGUUUGUAGCCGAGUGAAUGGUAAUAAAGUCGCCGCCGGCGUUGCAUCUCUGUAAUGAAAGGGUCCGUCUUCCGGCGGGUCCACUGAACGCGUGUCUAAAACGCGUGUCUUAGGAAAAGUGUUUUACUCGUACUGCGUAUAUGUGAAAUCAAUAUUCACUUUCAAAAGCGUAUAUUAUGAAAUGUUUUACUCCCGUUAUUUUGAAAUAAACUGAAAUGAAUGCGGGAUUUGACG